AUGGCUUCGCGAGAUUCUCCCGGCUCUCCUCUCUCCUCCGUGGGAUCCCUGGAGACUUCAGAUCACGAAUCCGUCAAACACGAGAGCCGCGCGCAAUCACCCUCGAAUGCCAACAUGCCGCCUUCCAAGCGCCGUCGCACCGGUGUCGCAUCCUCCGGCGAUAUUCCCAACUCCCCCAGCAUCCUCACACUCCUCGGGACCAAUCAGGAAGAUGACUACAGCGGCCAGAGCACCGACCAAGUGACUAUCUGCCGAUGGGAUGGAUGCGAGGCUGGUGACCUUGGCAACAUGGAUGGGUUGGUGCAGCACCUCCACAAUGAGCAUAUCGGGAGCCGACAGAAGCGGUACUCCUGCGAAUGGAACGACUGUACCCGUAAAGGUCAAACGCAUGCCAGUGCUUAUGCCCUGCGCGCACAUAUGAGGAGCCACACACGCGAGAAGCCGUUCUACUGCACUCUACCAGAGUGUGACCGCAAUUUCACUCGCUCAGAUGCCUUGACCAAACACAUGCGCUCGGUGCACGAGAUCGACACCAUGCGGCCGCUCGAUUCCACCUCCAAAGCUCCAGGCGGCACCACCGGCACCCCAGCCUCGAAAGUACAGCGUCUUCGCCUGAAGCUCACACAACCAAGGGAGCCAGGAACGGAGGCCGAGCCAGUUGCCGAACCCCCCAUCGUGCCAGCUCCGAUCGCAGGCGACACAGUUGACUCCGAGGAGAACACGAUGCCAGAGCUAGGCCCAGAGUUAGGGUUCGACGAAUCGGAGCUUGCCUUGUCCCCACGCGACCUCUACCGUCUUCUGCGUCGCCAGGUCGCAUGGGCUGAAAAGGAGACCAAGGAGCUGGAAAAGACGUGGGAGGAAAUUCGCCCGCGGCGUGAGCGCGCCUGGCGCGAGAAGGAAGUCGUCUUUGACGACCUCAUUGACGCCGAGAUCAGCCUGUUCAGCGCCAUUGUCGGUUCGGUACCGCCCGCACAUCUCACUACCAGCCUGGAGAAGCUGCAACAGCAGCAGCAGGAGUUCCAAAAUCAGCAGGAGCGGCUGGAAAAGUCGAUUGAGGCCCCGACUGUCGAGGGCAACCCUGCUUAA